AUGCCAGAAAUCAUUAAUAACAUACCAGAGAAGACUGUUUCAGUAAAGAAACUUAAAGUAUCAGCAUUAUGUGAGUUAUGUCAUUCACGUAAAGCAGUUAUGAAAAGACCUAAAAAUUUAAUGAAAUUAUGUAAAGAAUGUUUUUAUAAUGUAUUUGAAACAGAAAUUCAUAAUACUAUAACAAGUAAUAAAUUAUUUUAUCCUGGUGAAAAAGUAGCUAUUGGAGCAUCAGGAGGUAAAGAUUCUACAGUACUUGCAUCUAUUUUAAAAACAUUAAAUGAAAGAUAUAAUUAUGGAUUAGAAUUAGUUUUAUUAUCUAUUGAUGAAGGUAUUGUUGGAUAUAGAGAUGAUUCAUUAGCUACAGUUAAAAGAAAUCAAAAACAAUAUGAAAUGCCAUUAGAAAUAGUAUCUUAUAAAGAUUUAUAUAAUUGGAGUAUGGAUGAAAUUGUAGCAUGUGCAGGUAUUAGAUCAAGUUGUACAUAUUGUGGAGUAUUACGUCGUCAAGCAUUAGAUAGAGGAGCUGAAAAAUUAGGUAUUAAACAUGUUGUUACUGGACAUAAUGCAGAUGAUGUUGCAGAAACUGUAUUAAUGAAUAUUUUACGUGGUGAUGUUGCAAGAUUAGAAAAUUCAACAAAUAUAAUGACAACUUCAGCUGGUUCACCUAUUAAAAGAUCAAAACCUUUUAAAUAUACUUAUCAAAAAGAAAUUGUCUUGUAUGCACAUUAUAAAAAAUUGGAUUAUUUUUCAACUGAAUGUACUUAUGCUCCUGAAGCUUUUAGAGGUACUGCUAGAGAAUUAUUAAAAGGUUUAGAAAGUAUAAGACCUUCAUGUAUUAUGGAUAUUAUUUAUAGUGGUGAACAUUUAGUAUUGGCUCCAAAGAAACCAAAGAAAUCAACUGCUGCCUAUAAAAAUAAGAAAAAAACUAAUCAAGAACAUGAAGUAAAUUCAGAUGGUUCUGUUAGUCUUGGUAACAAUAUUAGAAAAGAUGGUAAUACUUGUGAAAAAUGUGGGUAUCUUUCUUCAAAUAAGAUUUGUAAAGCUUGUAUGUUAUUAGCUGGUUUGGAAAUGAAUAGAGCUAAAGUUAGUAUUGAUAAUAAUACUGCUGUGGAUGGUGCUGCCAAACUAUCUAAGAACUUGGAACAGUUGACUUUUUAG